AUGAUGGAGUACGGAACAGACAACAUUUCUGGAUACGCGGAAGAGAACUACAGCGAAAACCCGCAAGUGACCAUGGGCCAGUGUUCUGAACCGAUGGCGAUUCGCGCGGGACCUCUAUUCGACAACGCCGAAUUCGGAUUGCAGCAGCAACAGCAGCGGCUGUCCUCCGAGAGCACACAUCUCACGAGCAGGCCGAGCGUACCGGAGACACAGCUUCACCAGAGUUCGCAUACGCCACUCGGACAGAGCCCACUGUUUGGAAAUGUCGUUUCGUCGGAGGAUUAUCCCAGAAGCACGUCCUCCAAUCCUUCGCUAUCUCCACAUCCUAUGGAGCUGCCGGCGUCCAGCCUGAGUAGCCACUACUCUCCCCCACUAUCCUCUCUCCCUAUCAUCUCUCCCAGCCAAUCAUUUGACCGACCACAAUUCUACCCCGACGGGCCUCCCCGUGACCCCAACUACUCAUUCCCGCCCACCCCCACCACGCCGGUCCCCUCGAUGCCCCUCCCCGUUACGUCGGCGGGCAUCCAGGUGCGGGUGGUGCACUCGCGCACCAAGCCGCAGUGCUGGGACCACGGGUGCAACGGGCGCGAGUUCUCGACGUUCAGCAACCUGCUGCGGCACCAGCGCGAGAAGGCGGGGCUGGCGGCCAAAUCCGAGUGUCCGUACUGCGGCACGGUGUUCACGCGCACGACGGCGCGCAACGGCCAUCUGUCGCAGGGCAAGUGCAAGGUCAAGCGCCAGAUGGACGAGGACCAGCAGAUGUCUGGUGCGCCCCGAUGA